AUUUUUUCGUGUAGGUCUUAAUUUGAGUGUUCAAAUUCUUCGUGGGCAAGCAGUUUUCUGGCGUGACUAAUAAAGCUUUAUUACAAAUAUCAUAUUCGUGUCAGAGUCCCAAAGGUCGUCCAUCGAUGAAAUAUGAGCUCUCUUCUCAUAGUCAGUGGGCGCUCUGCAUCGGAUUGCACGCAAACAGGGCUUGCCCUUCCGACGACGAUUGGGCAUUGACGACAACAAGCCCGAGUGGCAACCUGUAACUGGCCGAUAUGAGAGACGGUUAGGCUACAGAUCAUUCGGCUCCUCAAAGGUAGUAGGCUUCCCUCAUCGACCUACUAGAAUUUUGCUGACUCGGAAUAACACGGCUGAAAUAAGUAGGUUUAGGCAUAAAAGAGCCGAUAGACUCAUGGCAAGCACAUCUUUCACUCCCAAAAACGACUAGGCAAAAGAGCAGUCUUCAUAGGCGAGUCAUCAAUUUAGCAAUGGCAAAAUGCAGCUCCAAACAGAAAAGGCAUAAUCUAGUAUGAUAUCAGCCUAUUCUUACGCCAGAUGGGCGUGAAAUUUCAAUUGAAAGUAAAUGCUUUCGAUUCCAUAUAAUUAAUAGCAAUGCACUAUGUAUUUCUGAGAUGAGACAUGGGAUUAUUUCUGCUAUUGACCUUGAUUUGGAAAAAGCUUCUUGGUUGAAGACCUUGACUUCCACUGUCGUCUUUCAUAAUGCUAAUAUUUUUGGAGGCUUUAUUCGAAUUAUUGAGAAGGUAUGCAACUCUCUAUUUAUACCUGAAGGGAGAAAUGAUUUUGGAAUUAAUUGUUUCCUAUCCGGGAUUACAAGAGCAAUUACUUUAAUGAUUGCAAACACAACUAAGGAGCCAAUGCAGGCGAUUGAAUAUGCUUCGUGUGAGGUUUUAUUAGGCAACACAAGUGCAAUUUUGAUUGGGAUCCCCUGACAUAAGGAAUGGAUGAGGAUAGACAUCUUUCUUGUAAGAUCAAUUCUUCAAUGUCGGAAGCUUUAUUGCAAGUUGAUAUUAUGCAUUGCGAUUUUGUUGAGGAUUCUUUAGAGAUGAUUGCUAUUGAGGACGCUAAUAAUUUUGAGCUAAUUCAUGUACCUGACCCUUCAUUAGCAAUUAUAAAGGAUUUUCUUGAGACUCCUAUGACUAACGAGGUGGAUUCUCUCCCAUUUUCUACUCAAAGAAUUCAAAAGAAUCCGUGUUGACUCUUUAGGGGAUCAGAAGAGACAUGCUGAAGAAGUGGAAACUACUAAGUGUGCAUCUGAGAGCGAGAAGAGAACUCUUAUUUCAAGGGAUGUUUUUCCCAAUAACAUUUUUUCUGAUUCGCCUUAUAAUAAUGACACAUGAGUACGCCUUCAUACAAUUUUAUGAAGCAUCCAUCCACACUAUCGCAAGUAUUCAGACCUAUUUCAUAGAUUGCUUAGUGACCAUUUGUUUUUGCAUUUCACAAUCCAUUAGUCCAUCUACUCCCGUUAGGGGUGGUCGACCGGUCCGGAACCAGAUCCGGUAUUGUACCGAUCGGGUAGCACUCUAUUAUCUACUUAUAGAUGAGGGAACAUGCCCCUCAGCCACUAUAACGUAAACAUAAUUAGCGGCAUCACAUGUCCUUUUCAUAUGUUCCAGGGUUUCGCCUUUAGACUAGCUAACCUAUACUAUUCUAACAUUUAAUGUACUUAAACAUUUAUUGUCACUAUAAGCUCAUUUUGGACGGUUAUAGGAGUUCAAAAAUCAUUUAUUACAAGACACUUCUCUAUUACUCCCUCUGUUCCACAAUGAACUUCAUAGUUUGAUUUACACACAUAUUAAGGAAAUAAACUUACCAUGGGGUAAAUUUUACUGUUUUGACACUGUUUCGACACUGUUUGACAUUGUUUUGCACUUUUUCGACACUGUUUGGCAUUGUUUUGCACUAUUUUGACACUGUUUUGAUGUAGAUUAACUUGCCAUUAAAGGAAAUGAAAACUUGUUUGUGGGACAUCCAGAAAAGGAAAGUGAGAAGUUCAUUGCGGGACGGAGGAAGUAUUAGUUUUAUCUUCUAUCUAGAAUAUCUCUAACGAUUUCGGGUAUAACUAUACAAUAGAAUUGAAUUUCUAUAUGGUAUUAUAAUAUUUAUGGAAACAUCAAUUUUUAUUAGAGGCUUAUAUCAUGACUAUCUCCAUUUUAUUAGAUACAUUUUUCUUUGUUUGAAUGUCUCAAAAAUACGAACACUUUCUUAAAUUAGACUUGCUUAACUUUUUUCUUUUUUACUUGAUCACUUUAUCUAUCAUUUCACCUUAUAUUUUUUGAGAACUCAUUUUUUUCAUGAUUUUUUAAAAAUUUACACCAAACUCAUAUGCAUCUUACAUUAUGGGAUGAAUGUAGUAUAAAUCUAUUUUUUUCUUAUAAGUUUAAUCUGACGUGAAGACUAAUUCAAUUUUAUUACGUAUAUGUUUAGUAUGGAGUAGUUAUUAUAAAUUUGGCCUAAAUGAUACAAUACCAUCAACACGUAACUAUUUGUUAUGGUCAAAGAAACAAGUACUCCCUUCGUCCCACAAUGAACUUCACAAUUUGACCUACACACAUAUUUAGGAAAUAAACUUACUAUGAGAUAAAUUUUACUGUUUUGACAUUGUUUGGCACUGUU